UCAAUGCAACGGUGCAGAAAUCAAAUCACGUCUGACAUUACAUACCAGCAUUUACACAACAGGAACUUUCUGCUGGGGGACAAGGAUUGCUAAUAUAUCGAUUAUUGUCCAUAGGUGGACAACUGUUGAUCGAAGAAACCUGCUUAGUUUGGCCGGAAACAUCAGUGCAAAAGUGAUCUUCCGUUGAUGUAAGAGUUUCUUGGAGUCCCUGGUCCUCAGGCCCAUCAGAGGUUUCAGCUUGAGCACGUGUAGCAGCGGCACAGUUGCAUAGUGUCAGUCAUGGUGGCGCUGUCGCUGAAGAUCGGGGUGGGGAAUGUAGUGAAGACGAUGCAGUUCGAGCCCUCCACCGUGGUGUACGACGCCUGUCGCAUCAUCAGAGAAAGAGUUCCAGAGGCACAGCUCGGCCAACCUAGUGAUUAUGGACUGUUCCUGUCAGAUGAGGACCCAAAGAAGGGCAUUUGGCUGGAGGCAGGCAAAGCACUGGACUACUACAUGCUUAGGAAUGGGGACACUCUGGAGUACAAGAAGAAACAGAGACCGCUGAAGAUCCGCAUGUUGGACGGGACUGUUAAAACCGUCAUGGUGGAUGACUCUAAAAUCGUCAGUGACAUGCUAAUGACCAUCUGUGCCAGGAUAGGCAUCACAAACUAUGACGAAUAUUCGCUGGUGCGUGACUUGGGAGAGGAGAAGAAAGAAGAAACCACCGGGACGCUAAAGAGAGACAAGACCCUCCUGAGAGACGACAAGAAAAUGGAGAAACUUAAACAGAAACUUCACACAGAUGAUGAGUUGAAUUGGCUGGAUCACGGGCGGACGCUGCGAGAGCAAGGUGUGGAGGAGUCAGAGAUGCUGCUGCUCAGGAGGAAGUUCUUCUACUCUGAUCAGAAUGUGGAUUCCAGAGAUCCUGUACAGCUCAACCUGCUCUACGUGCAGGCCCGUGAUGACAUUCUGAAUGGCUCGCACCCCGUCUCCUUUGAUAAGGCCUGCGAGUUUGCUGGAUACCAGUGCCAGAUCCAGUUUGGAGACCACAAUGAAACCAAACACAAACCUGGAUUCCUCGAUUUGAAAGAAUUCCUACCCAAAGAGUACAUCAAGAACAAGGGUGAGAAAAAGAUCUUCCAGGCACAUAAAAACUACCAGAACAUGACAGAGAUUGAGGCUAAAGUGAGUUAUGUCAAACUAGCCAGAUCUCUCAAAACAUAUGGCGUGUCCUUCUUCUUGGUCAAGGAAAAAAUGAAAGGAAAAAACAAGCUGGUUCCUCGUUUGUUGGGCAUCACUAAAGAGUGUGUGAUGAGAGUAGAUGAGAAGACUAAAGAGGUGAUUCAGGAAUGGAGUCUGACCAACAUCAAACGCUGGGCAGCUUCUCCAAAGAGCUUCACCUUGGACUUUGGAGAUUAUCAGGACGGUUACUACUCGGUUCAAACCACUGAAGGAGAACAGAUUGCACAACUUAUCGCUGGUUACAUCGACAUUAUUCUCAAAAAGAAAAAGAGCAAAGAUCACUUUGGCCUGGAGGGGGAUGAAGAAUCAACCAUGCUGGAGGACUCGGUGUCUCCUAAAAAGUCAACAGUGCUCCAGCAGCAGUUUAAUAAGGUUGGGAAGGUGGAGACGGGCUCUGUGGCUCUACCAGCUAUCAUCCGCUCUGGUGCCGGCGGUCCAGAGAGCUUCCAGAUGGGCUCCAUGCCUCAGGCCAAACAGCACAUCACCAGCGGGCAGAUGCACAGAGGACACAUGCCCCCUCUGACUUCAGCUCAGCAAGCUUUGACUGGCACCAUUAACUCCAGUAUGCAGGCGGUACAGGCGGUUCAAGCCUCUCUUGAGGAGUUUGACACUCUGCCUCCACUAGGCACUGAUGCGGCUUCUCAGGCCUGGAGAAAGAACAAAAUGGAUGAGUCCAAACAUGAGAUUCACUCUCAGGUGGAUGCCAUCACUGCAGGAACUGCAUCCAUGGUCAAUCUGACCGCAGGUGACCCAGCGGAGACGGAUUACACUGCUGUGGGCUGUGCCGUCACCACCAUCUCCUCUAAUUUGACGGAGAUGUCAAAGGGUGUGAAGCUGCUGGCGGCACUCAUGGAGGAUGAGGGAGGAAAUGGCCAACAGCUACUAGGUGCUGCCAAGAACCUGGCGUGUGCCGUGUCAGACAUGCUCAAGACUGCCCAACCCUCCAGCACUGAGCCACGUCAAAACCUCCUGCAGGCGGCAGGUAACGUGGGUCAGGCCAGCGGUGAACUCCUGCAGCAGAUCGGAGAAUCGGAUGCAGAUCAGCACUUCCAGGACAUGUUGAUGCAGUUGGCGAAGGCUGUGGCGAAUGCGGCAGCAGCUCUUGUGUUGAAGGCCAAAAAUGUGGCUCAGAAAUCAGAAGAUCCGGCCCAACAGAACCGCGUAAUCGCUGCUGCCACCCAGUGCGCGCUCUCCACAUCACAGCUGGUGGCUUGCACACGGGUUGUGGCCCCCACCAUCAGCUCACCCGUGUGUCAGGAGCAGCUCAUCGAGGCAGGAAAGCUGGUGGCUAAAUCUGUGGAGGGCUGCAUGGAGGCGUCACAGGGGGCAACAAAUGACGAGCAGCUGCUCAGACAGGUGGGCGUGGCCGCCACAGGUGUCACUCAAGCUCUUAACGAACUGCUGCAGCAUAUUAAACAGUACGCCAGUGGAGGACAGCCUAUUGGACGGCAUGGAGAGGCUACCGACCGCAUCCUGGACGUGACGGACAACAUCUUCAGUUCCAUGGGAGAUGCAGGUGAGAUGGUGCGUCAGGCACGGAUCCUUGCUCAGGCCACAUCAGAUUUAGUUAAUGCGAUAAAAGCCGAUGCUGAGGGUGAGACUGACCUCGAGAACUCCCGCAAAUUGUUGUCUGCUGCCAAACUGCUUGCUGAUGCCACUGCCAGGAUGGUGGAAGCUGCCAAGGGUGCCGCCGCUAACCCGGACAGCGAGGAGCAGCAGCAGAAGUUGCGUGAAGCUGCAGAGGGUUUGCGCAUGGCCACAAACGCAGCUGCACAAAACGCCAUUAAAAAGAGACUUGUCAACAAACUAGAGAAUGCAGCGAAACAGGCCGCUGCGGCCGCCACUCAAACUGUAGCUGCUGCCCAACACGCUGCUUCCUCCAACAAAAACCCUGCUGCCCAGCAACAACUUGUACAGAGCUGCAAGGUGGUGGCGGAUCAGAUCCCUCAGCUGGUUCAGGGUGUGAGGGGUAGUCAAGCUCAGCCCGACAGUCCCAGUGCCCAGCUUGCACUAAUUGGAGCCAGUCAGAACUUCCUGCAGCCUGGAGCCAAGAUGGUGACCGCAGCCAAAGCCACCGUUCCUACAAUCAGUGACCAGGCAUCUGCCAUGCAGCUCAGUCAGUGCGCCAAAAACCUCGCCAGCACUCUGGCUGAACUCCGCACGGCCGCACAGAAGGCUCAGGAGGCGUGUGGUCCUCUGGAGAUUGAUAAUGCUUUGACAAUGGUACGGGGGCUGGAGAGGGACAUGCAAGAGGCCAAAGCUUCAGCCGCUGAGGGCAAACUUAAACCCCUGCCUGGAGAAACUUUGGAGAAGUGUUCCCAAGAUUUGGGCUCCUGCACAAAAGCUGUUAGUUCUGCUAUCGCUCAACUCCUCAGUGAAGCUGCACAAGGCAAUGAGAAUUAUACAGGUAUGGCUGCCCGUGACGUGGCUCAGGCUCUGCGUUCACUGUCUUCAGCUGCUCGUGGAGUGGCGGCCAACACUGAAGAGCCUCAGGCCCGUAACGCCAUGCUGGACUGCACCAGUGAUGUCAUGGACAAAUCUGCCAGCCUCAUCGAGGAGACCAAGAGAGCCAUCGCCAAACCAGGAGACCCCGACAGCCAACAAAGGCUUGCUCAGGUAGCUAAGGCUGUGUCUCAGGCACUCAAUCGCUCUGUCAACUGUCUGCCGGGUCAGAGAGACGUGGAUAACGCCAUUAGAACUGUUGGAGAAGCCAGCAAGAAACUGCUGUCUGAGAAAUUUCCGGCGAGUGGGAAGAGUUUCCAGGAAGCUCAGGGAAAUCUGAAUGAGGCUGCGGCCGGACUGAACCAGUCAGCCAAUGAGCUUGUGCAGGCAUCACGUGGCACCACGCAGGAUCUGGCCAAAGCCUCUGGGAAGUUCGGCCAAGACUUCAAUCACUUCCUGCAGGCUGGCGUGGACAUGACUGGACAGUCCCAGUCUAAGGAGGAUCAGACUCAAGUGGUCACCAACCUGAAGACCAUCUCCAUGUCCUCCAGCAAACUUCUGCUGGCUGCUAAAGCUCUGUCCACAGACCCCAACUCACCCAACCUUAAAAACCAGCUCGCCGCCGCUGCUCGUGCGGUGACGGACAGUAUCAAUCAGCUGAUCAGCAUGUGUACCCAGCAGGCUCCAGGACGGAAGGAGUGUGAUAAUGCUCUGCGCGAGCUUGAGACGGUUGGAGGAAUGCUGGAGAACCCUACAGAAGCUGUCAAUGAUCUGGGCUACUUUGACUGUAUUGACAGUGUGAUGGAGAACUCCAAGGUGUUGGGUGAGGCCAUGGCUGGGAUUUCACAUAAUGCCAAGAACAGUAACUUACCAGAGUUUGGAGACUCAGUGAGCUCAGCGUCUAAAGCACUGUGUGGCCUCACUGAGGCGGCCGCUCAGGGUGCGUAUCUGGUGGGUGUGUCUGACCCGAACAGUCAUGCUGGGCAGAAGGGUCUUGUGGACCCCUCUCAAUUCGCCAGAGCCAAACAGUCUAUUCAGAUGGCCUGUCAGAACCUCGUCGACCCGGCCUGCACCCAGUCCCAGGUCCUCUCUGCUGCCACUAUUGUUGCUAAACACACCUCAUCCCUGUGCAAUGCCUGCCGUAUCGCCUCCUCUAAAACAUCCAAUCCUGUUGCUAAGAGACAGUUCGUCCAGAGUGCCAAAGAGGUGGCGAACAGCACCGCCAACCUCGUUAAGUCCAUUAAAGCUCUUGAUGGGGCCUUUAACCAAGAGAACAGGCAGAAGUGUAAGGAAGCCACUGGACCGCUCAUUGAGGCUGUGGAUAAUCUGACCGCCUUUGCUUCAAACCCAGAAUUUGCCAGUGUACCUGCACAGAUCAGUCCAGAGGGUCUGGCAGCGAUGGACCCCAUCGUAGCAGCCGCUAAGACCAUGCUGGAGAGCUCCACAGGCCUGAUCCAGACUGCCCGCUCACUGGCUGUCAACCCCAAAGACCCACCCAAAUGGUCCGUGCUGGCGGGACACUCCAGAACCGUGUCUGACUCCAUCAAGAAGCUCAUCACCAAUAUGAGAGAAAAGGCUCCGGGACAGAGGGAGUGUGACGAUGCCAUUGAGGUUUUGAAUAACUGCAUUCGUGAGGUGGAUAAAGCUUCACUGGCGGCCAUCAGUCAACAGCUCACACCUAGAGAUGACAUCUCACAUGAGGCUCUUCAUGAGCAAAUGGCAGCAUCCGUGCAUGAGAUCAGUAACCUUAUUGAACCGGUGGCCAUUGCAGCUCACGCUGAUGCCUCUCAACUGGGUCACAAGGUGUCGCAGAUGGUCAGCUACUUUGAGCCCCUUAUCAUGGCAGCCAUCGGAACAGCAUCUAAGAUCUUAAAUAGCCAGCAGCAGAUGAGCGUGCUGGAUCAGACCAAGACUCUGGCUGAGUCCGCCCUACAGAUGCUCUACACUGCCAAAGAGGCCGGUGGAAACCCCAAGGCUGCUCACACACAGGAGGCUCUGGAGGAGUCAGUUCAGAUGAUGAAGGAAGCGGUGGAUGAUCUUGCUGCAACUCUGGCGGAGGCGGCCAGCGCUGCUGGAGCUGUAGGCGGAAUGGUCAACUCUAUCACUCAAGCUAUCAAUAAAAUGGAGGACAGUCCCAGAUUCGAACCUGAAGGGACGUUUGUAGAUUAUCAGACGACAAUGGUGAAGACAGCCAAAGCCAUCGCUGUCACCGUUCAGGAGAUGGUUACCAAAUCCAACACCAAUCCUGAUGAGCUGGGUGGUUUGGCCAAUCAACUGACCACAGAGUUUGGUGACCUCGCGUCAGAGGCCAGAUGUGCUGCCAUAACUGCAGAGAGUGAUGAGAUUGGCUCUCACAUCAGGAAGCAGGUGACUGAGUUGGGUUACAGCUGCACUGGUCUGGUCAGUAAAGCUGGAGCUCUACAGUGCAGUCCAAACGACUCCUUCACCAAGAAAGAGCUCAUUGACAGUGCACGGAAAGUCUCAGAGAAGGUGUCUCACGUGUUAGCGUCACUUCAGGCGGGUAAUCGCGGCACUCAGGCGUGUAUCACUGCUGCCAGCACCGUGUCGGGCAUCAUCGCUGAUCUGGACACCACCAUCAUGUUUGCCACGGCAGGCACUCUCAACCGCGAGAACGCAGAGACAUUUGCAGACCACAGAGAGCACAUCUUGAAGACAGCUAAAGUUCUGGUUGAGGACACUAAACUGCUGGUUUCUGGAGCUGGAGCGAGUCAAGAGAAACUAGCUCAGGCAGCGCAGUCUUCAGUCAACACCAUCACCAAACUAGCUGAUGUGGUCAAACUAGGAGCAGCGAGUCUGGGUUCUGAAGACCCAGAGACACAGGUGGUUUUGAUCAAUGCUGUGAAGGAUGUGGCAAAAGCACUGGGUGACCUCAUCAGCGCUACUAAAGCAGCAGCUGGUAAACCACAUGAUGAUCCAGCUAUGUUGCAGCUCAAAAACUCUGCUAAGGUGAUGGUGACUAACGUGACGUCUCUGCUGAAGACAGUAAAGGCCGUGGAGGAUGAAGCCACUAAAGGCACACGAGCGCUCGAGGCCACUAUAGAGCACAUUAAACAGGAACUGGCAGUUUUUAACAGUCAGGAUCGUCCACCUAAGACAGCCACUCCAGAGGAGUUCAUCCGCAUGACUAAAGGCAUCACACUGGCUACAGCUAAAGCAGUGGCUGCUGGGAACUCAUGCCGUCAGGAGGACGUUAUUGCCACCGCUAACCUAAGCAGACGAGCCAUCGCUGACAUGCUUCACUCUUGCAAGCAAGCAGCGUUCCACCCGGAGGUGAGUCGUGACGUUCAGUCUCGAGCGCUGCGCUUCGGCUCCGAGUGUGCUACAGGUUACCUGGGUCUACUGGAGCAUGUGUUAGUGAUCAUUCAGAAACCCACACAUGACCUCAAACAGCAGCUGGCCAACUACUCCAAACGUGUGGCCAGCUCAGUGACGGAGCUCAUACAGGCCGCAGAGGCCAUGAAAGGCACAGAGUGGGUGGACCCUGAAGACCCCACUGUCAUUGCUGAGAACGAACUGCUGGGAGCCGCAGCCGCCAUUGAAGCUGCCGCCAAGAAACUUGAGCAGCUCAAACCUCGAGCCAAACCCAAGGAAGCUGAUGAGAGUCUGAACUUUGAGGAACAGAUUCUAGAAGCAGCUAAAUCCAUCGCUGCUGCCACCAGUGCAUUAGUCAAAGCUGCAUCUGCUGCUCAGAGAGAGCUUGUGGCGCAGGGCAAGGUGGGGGCGAUCCCAGCAAACGCAGUGGAUGAUGGACAGUGGUCUCAGGGUCUCAUUUCAGCUGCCCGAAUGGUGGCAGCAGCUACUAACAACCUGUGUGAGGCAGCUAAUUCUGCAGUUCAGGGUCACGCCAGCGAAGAGAAGCUCAUUUCUUCAGCUAAACAAGUGGCAGCGUCCACCGCUCAGCUGCUGGUUGCCUGUAAGGUGAAGGCUGACCAGGACUCCCAGACCAUGAAGAGACUGCAGGCUGCCGGUAAUGCAGUCAAGAGAGCAUCAGAUAAUCUGGUGAAGGCAGCGCAGAAGGCUGCAUUUGAGGCUCAAGAUGAUCAGGCCGUGAUGGUGAAGAGCAAGAUGGUGGGCGGCAUCGCUCAGAUCAUUGCUGCUCAGGAGGAGAUGCUAAGGAAGGAGAGAGAGCUGGAUGAAGCCCGGAAAAAGCUGGCCAUGAUCCGACAGCAACAGUACAAGUUCCUGCCGUCAGAGCUGAGAGAAGACGGACAGGAUCAGUGAGACACAACAGAGACUAAACGAGCAUUUCUUCAUGGAUUCAUGAGCUACACGGAUAACGGGAAGAGAAAUUAAAGAUAUGCAAGGGGAAGAGAAAUUAAAGAUAUGCAAUGAGUACAAAGUGAACAAUGUAUCAGGAUGUCUAUUUUAAAAGUAUUUUGUUUAUUUCUGUCACUUUUAUGAGUAUUGCCAUGCCACCUUUGUGAUUUAGCUUUAUUGUUUUGGAUUUGUUAAAUUUGGAUAAUGCGCCGCAUAUACAAGUCAUUUUUAAUCGCUUCUAAUAGAUCUAUAUGUUUUUUUCAGUACUAGAUAUUUUAGAUCAGCAGUAUUUUUGACAGCUUUUCUUCCUUUUUCCUUAUUUUUUGUGGCAAUUUGGACCAGUGGUGCAAUGAUCAUCUUUGCAUUGAAACAAUUCAUAGAGAGAAAACAAAUCAUUUUCUAAAGAAUAAUAAAGCUUUGAAAUGGUACAAAUGGUAUCUCCUAUUAAGUUUUAUUUACAGUGUAUUACAAUGUUCAUCAAUGUUUGUUAACAUUUUGGUCUACUGGCAUUUCUUUCAAAAUUAUAUCUUUUAUAAAGCAAAAAAGCCAUAUUUCUAUUUUGUUUUUUUUGUUGUUUCUUUUGUUUUUUUUGUUGCAAUUCGGUGUUCAUAAAAUUCCCAUCCAGAUGUAGACAAUAUAAGAUCUCAUCAAACAAUUGUUUGUAACAGAUGAAUUGGUUAUUACAAUUGUGUUAAUCGAAGAAUAAUCAGAGUGAUUACAGAGAACAUAAUUUAAACUGUUAUUAAUGGCUCAAAUGAAUAAACAGCUUGAGUUUUUGCCAUAACUGCCUUUCCUGUUGCAUUAAGUGCAUUUUGAAGGGCCUGCCUCUAUUUUUGAUAAUUGUGUAUUUAACUGUUAACAGUUCUCACCUUAAAUAUGCAAACAUACUUAGUCAUCCGUUUAACUAAAAACUCAUAAAUUCACUGUUUUCCAAAGAUA